AUGAGCGUCAGCCCGCACGUUCCGGCCGUGGGCGCCAUGCUGCUGCUUCCUGACGUCGCCCCCGACAUCAGCAACACGACUUCCGGUCACGUGUUGGGGGGCGAAGUGUUCGUGGCGGUCAAUGCUAACGUGGAGGACACGUCGCCUUCGCUGGCCUCUACGCGUUUCAUCGUGCAAACCGUCAUCACCCCCAUCGUCGUGACCAUCGGGUUGCUAGGCAACGUCCUCAACAUGCUGGUGCUGGUGCAGCCGACCAUGCGCACCUCUACCAAUGUGUACCUGCUGGUGCUGUCCCUCGCCGACAGCGUCUACCUCAUCUUCAGCUUCGCUCUCUCUUUCGUCGACUGCCGGCUCCCUGGCCUGAGCUACACCGCCUACACCUUCAACACCUACGGCCGCACCAUUAGCGACCUCGCCGGCAACAUCGCGUCUGGAUUAUCGUCGUCUUCACGGUUGAGCGCUACGUGGCUGUCUGCCACCCUAUUCAUGGAAAGAGCCAAGCUCUUCUCACUGGGGGCAGUUCUCUUCUGUUUUACCAACACAUUCCCAGGAUUCCUGGAACUGGAGGUCGUGGAGGAGGAGGACGGACCGCAGUGCAGAUACACUGAAUUCGCGCAGAGGAAAGCGUACGAGCUGGGCUACACCUGGUGGUACGUCACCAUCUUCUUCUUCGUCCCCAUCGUCUUCCUCCUCAUCUACAACUCGCUGCUCAUCCGAGCCCUGCUGCGGGCCAGUCGUGAACGGGAGUCGAUGGUGACUGGAAGUCAGAGAAGACACUUCCACAGACGAGCAGCUUCCGUCUCCGACCGGCGCGGAGUGUGCGCGUACGUGGCUUCCUGCUGCUGCUUGAUGGAGAACCGCAAGGCCGUGGACACUGCCAGGGCUCCCAUGAGCUGUCCUACAAACGCAGACCUCACACCUGCUUCCUGA